UUGAUCAAGCAUACUGACGACAGUGUAAGUUAUUGUCUUUGGUAUAUAUUGGAGUUAUCUGAUUACAGAUGAUUUAUUUCGCCUUAGUUUUGACCCGGUAAUGUGUCAGCUUUUGGUGAAUCAAUCGGACAGCUAUCACAUUGUUUAUUUACCUUACUGUCAUUUAACAUCAGUUGGGAUAUGCUUUCGUUGCUUGCCACCGAAGUGUAUAGCUUUGCGAAGUAGUCUUGAAAGUGAUACAGAAAAUAAUUUUGUAGUGUGUCAGCAUAGAAUGUAGAUAAUGUAUAGUGGGAAACUACCAUGGCGUAAGGAACUGUUCUGCGGAACAUGGUCGCAAACAGUUAGAAAGGUUUCCAAUCUGCAAAACCCCCACUCAUGUUUUGCGAAGCAAGUGGUGAUAAUAGUCACGGCAGUAAUCUCUGAUAUGUUAUGAAAGGGUUUGGACAUGUGCAUAGCCAUCAGUUCCCUUGACAUACAAGGUCGACUCUAGUGGAAUUCCCGUAUUGGAAAUAAUGUUAAGGGGCGGAAAAAUUUAUUUAAGGAUCAUUUGAUCUCAAGCCUCACUUCACUGGUCCUCAGUAUCAUUUUGACCCGUUUAGUAAAAUACUUUUGAAUACAUAUUGAUACAUAUUUUGUGCUUGUUGGUCUGUUUGCAGAUACUCGUGGAUACCGUGUGGGCUAUAUCCUAUUUAACUGAUGGAGGGAACGAUCAGAUAGAAAUGGUAAUUAAUGCAGAGAUCGUGCCUCACUUGGUCCCGUUGUUGUCACACUCAAGUUUCAAGGUGCAAACCGCUGCACUGCGUGCUGUUGGCAACAUUGUUACGGGUUCGGACCAGCAAACACAAGUUGUUCUGGAUUGUGGAGCUCUGAGUCAUUUUCCUGCUUUGUUAACCCAUCCAAGAGAUAAAAUAAACAAGGAGGCUGUGUGGUUUCUGUCCAAUAUAACUGCAGGAAACCAAAGUCAAGUGCAAGCUGUAAUUGAUCAUGGUCUAGUUCCACUCAUUAUUCAUCAUCUGUCCGAGAGUGAAUUCCUAACACAGAAGGAAGCUGCAUGGGCCAUUUCUAAUUUGACGAUCAAUGGAAAUGCAGAACAGGUAUGUAAAUAUCCGAUUGUCUUAAUAACAAAGUCUCAUGUCAACUACAAACUGAAAGUUCAUUCACUGGAUUGA